UAAAGGUCUUUGUAGCACAUCCCAAAACAUUUCAUCACGGCAUUUAAACACAACAGUGAAACUGAUGAUAUUACUAACUCUCGAGGCCUUUAGACUGGUAUAGAGCAUUGGGUAAAAGAGACUUUAACUGCAGAAGAGAAGAGGUAGAGGUGGAAGAAAAGAGGAGGAGAGGAGCGGAGGGGAGGCGCGUGUUAAAGAGACUCUUCUGGAUUAAGUCCCUUACAAGCUGUUUGGUGACUGACACAGAACAGAACAAACACAGAGACAAACCUGCAGGAGUCCACACAUCCAAACAGCCUCAAUACAGAAGAUCAGGACAAAUGAUGUUACUACAGCAUCUGCACUCUUACUGCUUUAGAUGAGCCUCUCCGAAGAGGCAAGAGCAGACGGAUUACAUGUGAAUGCACACGGUCUCUGAACGGCGGAGGAGGCUGAGAAAGACACCGUGAGCAGCAAGAGACAGAUACGAGUGCAAUCCUGUAGACGGACUAAAGAAGAUACAGAUCCAGAAGCUUUAAACAUCAAAUAACUGAAGGAUAAAGCGUAAGCAUUCAUCCAACAAAAAUGCAUCCAGCAAGCUCAAGACCGAGUGAAUGGCUGUUCUCCUCCUUCUUCUUCUGUGCCAUCUGUUUUUCCGUGUGUGCUGGGACAGGAAUGCCGGGUUCAGACUACAACCCUCAUCCUCGUCUGAUCUGCACCCCCAUUCCCGCUGAUGCCGAUCCCGGGUGUUUCCCAACAGCGGGCGGACACCACGGCGGGAACAGCAACGGCUGGUGGGGAAUGUCGGAGGAGGCCAAAGCCACGAUCCUGCACCUGCGGGAGAGUUUGGUGCAGCAGAAGGAAACCAUCCUGGACCAGAGGGAGACCAUCCGAGAGCUCACCGCCAAACUGAACCUGUGCGAGGGCUUGAGCCACACACCCGCACACCUGGCCCAUCACGCCCACCACGCCUACCCCGCGGCCCCCGACACCGGACACCUCGGGCUGGAGCUGGGUCACUACGGCGACGGGGUCGGAGGGCAUCACGGUGGGAGAGCUGCGCUGAGCGAGAAGCACGUGACGGGAGAGAUUCCUUCACCCUCGUCCACGCCGGAGCAGAUGAGCAGGAUGCUGCAGAGCCUGAAAGAACGGCUGGACAACCUGCAGACGAGAAACACCUCCAGCAGCUACUCCAGCUCACUGAAGGACCUCCUGCAGAGGAAGAUCAGCGCUCUGGAGCACCAGAUGCAGCACCAUUCUGCAUCGCUUACCAGCGUUCACACUGACCAUGAGGAGGAGGAGGAGGAUGACGGUCACCGUGACUACAGCCAUCAUGAUGACAGAGACCACGACGGCCAUGACGACCACAGUGAUCACCAUGACGACGAUCACCCCGACGACGAUCACCACGACGACGAUCACCACGACGACAGCCACCAUGACGACAACAGCCAUGACAACGGACACCGAGACAGCAGUCACCAUGACAACAAAGUCUCCGAUCACGGCUUCGAGAGGUUGUCGUAUAACCUACAAGGUCACGGAGAAGCACAGAGUGGAGUCCACAGCAAACUGGACGCGGUUCUCAGUCAACUGCAGCACAGGCUCACUGACCCGGGUUCUAGAAAGAAGAGCAGACCCACGGAAGCUUUCCAGAUCGGCUUCCCCAUGAGGACCAACUACAUGUACGGUCGUGUGAAGCGCACGCUGCUGCACGAGAUCUUCUCCUUCACGCUGUGUCUGUGGAUGAAGGCUGGCAUCGGCCCGGGGCUCGGGACGCCCUUCUCUUACUCCGUGCCCGGACAGGCCAACGAGCUGGUGCUCAUCGAGUGGGGAAACAACCCCAUGGAGCUGCUGGUCGAUGACAGGGCCGUGUCCCUGCCGCUCUCGGUGAGUGAUGGUAAAUGGCACCACGUGUGUGUGACGUGGUCGACGCGGGACGGACUGUGGGAGGCCUAUCAGGACGGAGUGAAGAGAGGCUCAGGAGAAAACCUCUCGCCCUGGCAUCCCAUCAAACCUGGAGGAGUCUUCAUACUGGGACAGGAACAGGACACCCUGGGAGGCCGUUUCGACGCGACGCAGGCGUUCGUUGGUGAAAUCUCAGAUGUUCAGAUGUGGUCUCAUGUUCUCACACCGCAUGACAUCUACAGCCUGGCGUCAUGCGGAGGUCACAUGACCGGUGACAUCAUCGCCUGGGCGGAGUCAGAGGUGGAGCUGCACGGUGGGGUCACCAAAUACCCCUUUGACCCCUGCCAUUAAAGAGAAGGACGAUCCCAUCACAAGCAUCCGAGUGCAGAGUGAUUCCACAUCAGCUUCUGACGACUCCUAACCUGAUUUUAAUGCAAAAUCCAUUCAUUAUCACUUCAAAAAAUAUGGCCUUCUGUUUACAUGAGAAACUUGAAUGACCCCAUGACCUCCAGGAUUUCAGCACGGACCUGUUUUGUAUUGUUUCAGUGUUUUGUGUAGCGAAUAUUUUCUUACUAAACUAUUUUUUUUUUUAUUCUUAUUCUAUGAAUGGCCCUUCAGUGCCAUUCAGUGUUAGAUACAAGUACACGACAUAUUGUCAUAACUUGGAAAGAAACCAUAGAUCAAGAAUAGAAUGUGAAGACAGAAGUGCUAUAAAUGUAGACGUAAAAAAAUAGAAAACUGAAAAACUCGAGGCUCUGCUUGAGCAGAUUGAUUUUCUUUUACUGUAAGAAGAAUCUAAAGAUACAGCGAAACCAAAGAGAAGAGUCGCGCACGCGCUGCUGUUGUGUUUGUACAUGGUUUUUCUAAUUAAGAAAUAAGUAUUUCUUAGGUUUGCCUGUACUUGUCCAUGUUAAAAUGUUUAGCCAACUCACGCUGAGCUAAAUAAGCAGCUAUUCUGAUACUUUUGAUAUGUCUUUAGUUUCAGAUUAAGUGUUGUAGUGUUUUAGCUUAAUCUACUGUUUAAUUUACUGUUAAUUUGUUUAAAAAAAAAUUCCACUAAUGUUUGUGCAUCAGAAUUUAAUAUGCAUUUACUGUUCUCUUUAACUUUUCAUUUGUUUACAGUUUUGAUAGCAGAAAGGCAAUAAAGGGACUGAAUUAA